AUCUGUCAAUCCAAACAACCCAUGCAAAUGCGUGUUUUCUAACUGGUUGAGAGAUAUUAAGUCCUGCCCAUCAGUACUGCUGUUUUGUUCGCGCACCUCAACAUGCGUCAGAAAACUGCAUGGUAUUUCGAACACUGUCUGGUGGGCUUUCAUGUCAGUUUUACAUAAGUCAAGAUAUCCAAACAAACUAAAAGGUCCACGUUUACACCAUUGUAAUGCCCCUCGAAGGCAGGUUUUGUUUUCAACCUAUAUUCUGUCGUCGUGUUGGGAAUCGCCUGUCUGGAAGCAGUGUCGUCUUGAGGAAGUCCUUACUAAAUAACUGAAUGUCAUUUUAGAACUUUCCAAUAAGAAAAGGGGGCGGAAACUUUGAUACUGAAAAUACCAGUUAAUCAAUCUCUACAACAGUGACCUGACCUGUCUUCGUCCAAACGUUCCUUGUGGUCACCUUGUCGUCAGCAUGGGGAGCAUUGGAAGACUUUCGACCAAAGGAACUGUACUGUUGCUUUGUGACAUGCAGGAAAAAUUCCGUCCGACUAUUUUCCAGUUCACCAACAUUGUGGGCAACGCAGCUAGAGUGCUGCAGGCUUGCCGGGCUCUUAGCAUCCCUCCCAUUUUAACAGAGCAGUAUCCCAAAGGGCUGGGUCCCACUGUGCCAGAGCUGGGGGCCUCAGACUUGAAGCCUCACGCUAAGACCAAGUUCUCCAUGCUGACUGAGGAGGUGCAGAGUGAGCUAAAGUCACUUGGGGACCCCAAGAAGGCCAUCCUGUGUGGAAUUGAGGCUCAAGCUUGCAUUGCGUGCACAACCUUUGACCUCCUGGACAGAGGCAUAGAGGUGCAUAUUGUGGCAGAUGCUGUGUCCUCACGGAGUCAGACGGACCGGUUGUUUGCACUGUCUCGUCUGAAGCAGAGUGGAGCUUUUCUAACCACAACUGAGGGAUUGCUGCUGCAGCUGGUGCAGGAUGCCAAGCAUCCCAACUUCAAAGAGAUCCAGAAGCUGCUGGCCCACCCCUCACCUGACACCGGCCUGGUGUCCUUCUUCAGCUCGCUGUGAGGAGCAGGGACAGGGCUGUCGCCACAACAAGUGCUUUCCACAUCGUUUUAAUGUAUGCACUCUGAAAUGUGACAACAAUAAAACCUGUUUGGUAGAGAGCUGGGUCAAACAAAUUGUGAUUGUUCUAAGCGGACAGUCUACUUUAAGUUCAGAAAUAUCUCCAUUGUAAUCUUGUAAAUUUUAAGAGAUAUAUGCAGUCUAAUAUUUAUCUAAUAAAAGAAGUUUUAAAAGGGGAAAAAAGAAUUAAAGAUUGUUUCAUGUUGCA